CUGCCUCUCAGGGUUCCGGGCCUUUCUGGGGGAGUUGCCUCUCCCUCCUCCGUGUAUGGUUUUGUGGCUGGACGUUCACCACCAAGGCCGGCGUCAUGGGGGACCAGCAGCUGUACAAGACCAACCACGUGGGCCACGGGGGUGAGAACCUGUUCUACCAGCAGCCCCCACUGGCUGUGCACGGCGGGCUGAGUCACGGCUACGGGAAUGCCGUCGCGGGGGCCUCCGUGGACACGCCCCAGGCCUCCCCGCUCUCCCCGCACUUUCCGCAAGACGCACGGGACGGCCUGGGCUUGCCCGUGGGCUCCAAGAACCUUGGCCAAGUGGACGCCUCCAGACAGGGAGGGUGGGGGGGCCACGCAGGGCCCGGAAACCACCUCCAGCUCCGUGGCAACCUGGCCAGCUCCAACAUGAUGUGGGGGGCCCCGGCCCAGGCCGAGCCCACCGACGGCUACCAGUACACCUAUUCCCAGGCCAGCGAGAUCCGCACGCAGAAGCUCACCAGCGGCGUCCUGCACAAGCUGGACUCUUUCACGCAGGUGUUUGCCAACCAGAACCUGCGCAUCCAGGUCAACAACAUGGCCCAGGUGCUGCACACGCAGUCGGCCGUGAUGGACGGGGCGCCCGACAGCGCCCUGCGCCAGCUGCUGUCCCAGAAGCCCCUGGAGGCCCCCACGCCGCCCCUCCCCUCCCGCUACCAGCCGGUGCCCCAGCAGCCUCACCCGGGCUUCUCCGGGGGGCUGUCCAAGCCCGCCCUCCCGGUGGGCCAGCACCCCGGCCAGGGGCACCUCUUCUACGACUACCAGCAGCCCCUGCCGCAGCUGCCCGGGCAGGGGGCCCAGCCCUUGCAGGCGCCGCCCACCCUGCCGCAGCACCUGCCGCAGAUGCAGCAGCACCAGUACUACCCGCAGCCGCCGCCGCCGGCCGGCCAGCCGCGCAUGGCCGUGCAAGACAUGCCGCCGCCGCCGCAGCUCCGCCCGGCCCAGCCACCGCCCCUGCCGCAGCCGUCGCCGCAGCCACAGCUCCAGCUGCAGCAGCGGCAGGCCCCGGUGCAGAUACCUCAGUACUACCAGUCCCAGCCCGUGAUGCAGCACCUGCCCGAGCAGCAGCCGCAGCCCAUGCACCUGCAGCCGCCCGCGUACCACCGGGACAGCCAGCAGUACGGCGCGGAGCAGGCGCACGCCGUGCAGCUCAUCCCGCUGGGCUCCGUGCCGCAGUACUACUACCAGGAGCCCCAGCAGCCCUACGGCCACGCCCUAUACCCGCAGAGCCACCUGCCCCCGCACCCGCCGGCCCCGCCGCCGCGCGACGACAGCCAGCCCAAGGCCUACCCCGGCGACCGGCAGGCCCCCGCCCUGCUGAGCUCCCACGGGGACCUGGGGCCCCCGGAGCCCAGGCUGACGGAGCCCGCCGGCUCCGAGCUGGACCGGGUGGGCGGUGCGCUCUCCCACCGGCCGCUCCUGUCCCCCGGCGGGCUGCACCUCAACAACAUGGUCCCGCAGCACCAGCAGCUGUCGCCCGGUGCCGUGUGGCCCCAGAUGCACCUCCCUGACAGCAGAGCCCAGCCAGGGUCCCCGGACUCAAGUGGCCAACCCAAAGGAGUCUUGGGGGAGCAGUUUGAUGCCAAGAACAAGCUGACGUGCUCCAUCUGCCUGAAGGAGUUCAAGAGCCUGCCUGCCCUGAACGGCCACAUGCGGUCCCACGGCGGGAUGCGGGCCUCCCCCAGCCUCAAACAGGAGGAAGGAGAAAAGGCCCCGCCACCUACGCCCCAGCCGCCGCUGCCGCCUCCGCCGCCGCCACCGCCGCCGCCACAGCCGCAGCUCCCUCCCGAGGCCGAGAGCCUCACGCCCAUGGUCAUGCCCGUGUCUGUCCCUGUCAAGCUUCUGCCGCCCAAGCCCAGUGCGCAGGGCUUCGCCACCAGCACCGCGGCCACUCCCUCCACCAGAGACAAGCCGGCCAGCUCCGUGUCGGACGACGAGAUGCCCGUGCUCGUGAGGAUGACCCUCUCUCCCCCACACUCCCCCCAAGGGGCUGCCCCCCGCACGCCUGCUGAGAUCCCCCGGAAAGCCGGCCCGGGCGCGGCCAAGGCCGAGGACCCCCUGCGGACCCCCACGGAGAAGAAGAAGUUCCGGCACCGGCCCGAGCCGCUCUUCAUCCCGCCGCCGCCCACCUGCCCCGCGCACCCCGCGGGCGCCACCCUGUACCAGAGCCAGCUGCGCUCCCCGCGCGUCCUGGGCGACCACCUGCUGCUGGACCCCGCGCACGAGCUGCCCCCCUACACGCCCCCGCCCAUGCUGAGCCCGGUGCGCCAGGGCUCGGGGCUCUUCAGCAGCGUCCACCCGCAGCUGCCGCUCACGCCCCUCACGCCCACGCCCCGCGUGCUGCUCUGUCGCUCCAAUAGCAUUGACGGCAGCAGUGUGACCAUCACCCCCGGGCCUGGAGAGCAGACUGUGGAUGUUGAACCACGCAUCAACAUCGGCUUGAGAUUCCAAGCGGAGAUUCCAGAUCUCCAGGACGUCUCUGCCCUGGCCCAGGACACACACAAGGCCACGCUCGUAUGGAAGCCCUGGCCCGAGCUGGAGAACCACGACCUCCAGCAAAGAGUGGAGAAUCUCCUGAAUCUGUGCUGUUCCAGUGCGUUGCCAGGCGGAGGGACCAAUUCGGAGUUUGCUUUGCACUCUCUCUUCGAGGCCAAAGGUGACGUGAUGGCUGCCCUGGAAAUGCUGCUGCUGCGGAAGCCAGUGAGGUUAAAGUGCCAUCCCCUCGCCAGCUACCACUACGCCGGUUCUGACAAGUGGACGUCCCUAGAAAGAAAGUUGUUUAAUAAAGCACUGGCCACUUACAGCAAAGACUUUAUUUUUGUACAGAAAAUGGUGAAGUCGAAGACGGUGGCCCAGUGUGUGGAGUACUACUACACGUGGAAGAAGAUCAUGCGCCUGGGACGGAAGCACCGGACACGCCUGGCGGGGAUCCUGGACGAGUGCGCGACAAGUGAAGAAGAAGAAGAGCUGGAAGAGGAAGAGGAGGACCCGGACGAAGACAGGAAGUGCCCCCGAGAAGAGGAGAGCGAAGUGUGCAAGUCCCCGGAGCCGCCACCAGGCCCCGUCCUGGCCGCCACCGAGGGGCCACCCCUGCAGGCCCUGGGCCAGCCCUCCGGCUCCUUCGUCUGCGAAAUGCCCAACUGUGGGGCUGACUGUAGAUGUCAUGUCACUCCCUCUCUUCCCCAGGUGUUCAGCUCCCGACAGGCACUGAACGGCCAUGCCCGCAUCCACGGAGGCACCAACCAGGUGACCAAAGCCCGGGCGGCCGUCCCGUCGGGGAAGCAGAAGGCUGGCAGUGCCCAGAGCGGCUACUGCUCGGUGAAGAGCUCCCCCUCCCACAGCACCACCAGCGGGGAGACAGACCCCACCACCAUCUUCCCCUGCAAGGAGUGUGGCAAGGUCUUCUUCAAGAUCAAGAGCCGCAACGCGCACAUGAAGACCCACCGGCAGCAGGAAGAGCAGCAGCGACAGAAGGCGCAGAAGGCGGCCUUCGCGGCGGAGAUGGCGGCCACCAUCGAGAGGACUACGGGCCCGGCCGGGGCCCCGGGGCUGCUGCCCCUGGACCAGAUGAACCUCCUCAAGCCCAUCAAGGACGCGGGCAUCCUGGACGACGACAUGGUGCAGCAGCUGGGGGGCGUCAUGGGCGAGGCCGAGGUCAUGGACGCUGACCUCCUCCUGGAGGACCAAGACUCCGUCCUGCUGCAAGGGGACACGGAACUCUAGGGCCCCCAGAC